GCUCAGCCUGGGAGCAGCGGCAUGUACUUGCCCUUUUUUGGGCUUUGGGCUUCCAGGGCAGGAGGCUAGAGCCGAGUCCCUCCCUCCCCCUGUCCCGGUGUUGUCUUUUGGGUGGGAGCGGAGUUGGGCUGCCCAGGUUUCGGGGGUUGGGAGUUUGCAGGGCCCUGGGAAGCAGCGAGGAGCUCCCUGUUGGGGGUGGGAGGAAGGGAGGAUUUAAGUCGGCUUAUGGGGUGUGUUGCGUUUGUGCUGCACGUGUCUGUGCUGGACUUGGGGAAGGUGGUUUAGGGAGCUCCAGGGGAACUAAAAAAAACCACUUGGAGUGGUUCCGCCACCCUCGUUCCUCACGGACUUGCUGGGUGUUGUUUUGUAAGGAAAGAAAGUUAGACGAGAAUGAAAAAUCAUCCAUAAUAUGGAAACCCUCUUUCAGCCCUAAUUGAAAUCACAUCCGUGACUCCAUAAAUUGUUGUCAAAUAAGGGCAUUGCCACUUUCCUCAGGAGAGGCUCCAGUAGUUGAGCUGGCAAGUUUUCUUCUAGCCCACCAUAGUCCCCAGAGAAAGUCAGCCUAGCGAGUACAAAUCCACUGCACUGGGAAACAGUCCUAUCAGGAUAAUAGCAAAGCUUAAAUUGUAUUUGGGCACCUACAUGUGACUAUGAUUGGCAAGAUAGAAAUGCAUAUAUAGAUUGUUAUUGGAAUAAAUAUUUGACUGAGUAUAGGGGAAAUAUAUGUUCAUGCAAAAGAGAGCAGGUUUAUGUCCCACUGAGCAACAUUCCAAGGCCAUCACUACUGUGCAAGUACAUAAUUGGAAAGCCCAGAAAAGUAACAGGAGUUUACAAUUAAUUAAAAGUUUCCAGAAGUGCUGUCUUUUUAACUGCAGAAGAGCAAGGCUUUGUCUUCAUUUAAUUCUGAAGUGAAACUUGUCACACGCCAAGAAAACUUAAACCCCUUUAGAAGAUAGGCACUAGUAGUAGAAUGCUGAAACAAACUUCUGGAUUAGCUUCAUUGGCUUUCCUGCUUCUUUUGCAUCCCAAAGCAUAAGCUUAAAUCGUCUCAGAAGGACAAGGUCCGCCAGUUUAUGGCAUUUACCCAGGCUGGUGAAAGGACUGCUAUAUAUUGCUUAAUGCAGAAUGAAUGGAAACUAGAAGUGGCAACAGACAACUACUUCCAGAACCCAGACUUGUACUACAAAGAAUCCAUGAAAAAUUCAGUAGACAGAAAGAAAUUAGAACAAUUGUAUAACAGGUACAAAGACCCACAGGAUGAAAAUAAAAUUGGUAUUGAUGGAAUUCAGCAGUUUUGUGAUGAUUUAAGCCUGGACCCUGCCAGUAUCAGCGUCUUGGUCAUAGCAUGGAAGUUCAGGGCAGCCACUCAAUGUGAAUUCAGUAAAAAGGAAUUUGUAGAUGGCAUGACAGAAUUGGGGUGUGACACCACAGACAAGCUAAAAGCUCUACUGCCAAGAUUGGAACAAGAGCUAAAGGAUCCAAUAAAGUUCAAAGAUUUUUAUCAGUUUACCUUUACUUUUGCUAAAAACCCUGGACAAAAAGGUUUAGAUUUAGAAAUGGCAAUUGCAUAUUGGAAUUUAGUCUUAUCGGGAAGGUUUAAAUUUUUAGAUCUUUGGAAUAAAUUUUUGUUGGAACACCAUAAAAGAUCAAUCCCAAAAGAUACUUGGAAUCUUCUGUUAGACUUUGGAAAUAUGAUUGCAGAUGAUAUGUCAAACUAUGAUGAAGAAGGAGCAUGGCCUGUUCUCAUAGAUGAUUUUGUGGAAUACGCACGACCAGUAGUCACAGGAGUAAAGCGUAAAAGCUCCUAACCACAGACACUUCCAAAUGGACUAAGUUUGCAAUCUGAACUCUAUCAGGUAAUGAAGACGUUUUCGCCAAUAACUGUGCACACCGUCACUGGUUUCAAUGCCACUGACAAAAUUGAAAUUGCUCCUUUCCGCCUAAAGAAAAUGAUGGCUGACUCAUGGACACAGCAAGAAGAAACUCAAGAUAGCCCAGGCUGUUCAUAGGAUAUUGGCUUCAAUUAUUGUGCUGGUUGUAUCAUAUAGGAUGUAGAUUUUGCAUGAUUUUAUACUUUGGGGAAGUUUAACUAGAGGUCAUUUUAAAGUUUUGACAGCAGAGCAUGCCAUUCAGUUCAUGAUCCAAGAUGAACACCAGCAGUUACAUAAUUAAAACUGUAUUAUAUUGUACUUAUAUUAAAAGCAGUAUUUGUGGUAUAUAAAUUAAAUCCCUAAAUAAAACUUAUGUAGUAUGUUGUAUUUUUAUACAAGUCAGCUCUGUGUAAGUAUCUGCCCUAAUAUAAACUUGUAACAAAACACUUACUGACACUUUUUUCUUGGUGCCAGGAUUCUAGAUUUAUAUUUUUAAGCUCUCAAAAAUGUACAGACCAUGUCUGUUUUUUCCCCUUGUAAGAUUAACUUCUUCAUCACAGUGUUCACCUGAUGUGUGUGUGGUUAUGUUUGCUAUCAAUAGCAUUGCUGCACAAGGACUGCUCUACAUUGUUUUGACUCCAAGACUGGUUUGAAUAUGAUUAUUUACAGUGUUGAUUAGUCAUUUUUACUUUUUUUUAAAUAGACUCUUAAACAACCAAAGACACAUUUUUAUAAUUAAUAGAUAAACAUAAUUCAAUUUUUCUUCAACUUUACAUUUUCCAUUUACUUCUUUGUAAAUAAUGAAUUGGUGAGAUUUGAGGAUUUUAGUAGCCUUCAAUUUACCGUAAAAUAGCUAAGUUCUGUGUAAAUGCAGUAUUCUGUGCGUGCAGUUCCUGAUAUGAUCUCAACCCCAAAAAGGAAGGGGGAAAAUAAAGAGACAUAACCACAAUAUGGACAAUACCUCUUAACUUUCCCCUUCUUGAAAACCUUUGACGGGGGUUGAUUUUUUUUCCUCUGCGUUAUGAAGCCUCUUGGUUCUUGUUGUUCUAAAUAUACCUCUACUUUGAUAUAACACGACCCAAUAUAACAUGAAUUCGGAUAUAACGUGGUAAAGCAGUGCUCCAGGGGUUGG